UGAUCGUGUCUGCUGUCCUAUAUACAAGUGAUACCAUCAUCUUCAACACACAUACAUGGGUACACUAACACUGUAGAGUGAGUGUAUACCUCGAGGGAACGCGUGCUGGAGAUGAGUGGCGCCGAUGUUGCAGCAGAGGCUGCCGACGUCACCACUAGUACACAGGGCAGAGUUGACAACCUGGAGAGCAAAGUUUCAGGCCUGACGGACGAGGUACAGCAGCUGCCAGGGCCUCUCCGAGCCGCCCUCGGAAAGUUUGAGAAUGAGGGGGAGUCCGGCGGCGCUGGGGUGGGCGCUGUCGCCACGGGCACUACGUCUGCCCGCAGUCUGCUGGAAGAGGGGCCGCACAACGACGGAAUCACGCCGCCCGCACAGCACGAGGGAAGAAGCACCAGACCGGGAGCCAGCCUGGUAGUGCCAAGGAUCCCUGCUAGUGGACCCGGGCAUAGGAUCGGGCAGCGGGGAGGUCAUGGGGUCAUCAUCCCAAGAGCAGCCUGCUGCGGUGGGCGCUUGCGUAGACUACACGGCUGCAGAAGAAAUCAUCAGCAGGAGGCCAGUUGCGGAAGGCGAACCGGUGUGGGCAUUUCAGCGAUGGUAGAGAUGCAGCCGCCGCUCGAGGCACUAGACGAAGAGUCAGAGCAACGUACUCAUCACGUCGAGAAGAGCUGUGCGGCGCUGGAGGGGGUGCCGCAGACGGCACACCAAGUGUGCCUGUUGACGGUCUAG